AUGUGUAAGGAAAAUGAACCAGAAGCGAGGAAUGGGACUUCGUCUACGUGUUGUUAUAACAGUUACUACAACGGAUCGGAAUGUGUUCGUUGUCCUGCUGGGUUUUAUGGAAAUAAUUGUAUCCAUCAUUGCAAGAAUGGAUUUUAUGGCUUGGAUUGCAUCAAACAGUGUGCUUGCAAACAACCCCUUAAUUGCCAUCAUAUAAUAGGGUGUUCAACAGAUUAUCCUGGUAAUGAGAGUUCAAGCAUUCCCAAUAGAGAUUCAGAAAAUUCUAGUAUCCUUCAUGUCACACUUGACUCCGUUACCAAUCCUGUUGGAGGUUCUAAUAAAGAGAAUACGUAUAUUCUUCCUGAUACUAAAGUCACUGGAAUCACAAGGACGAUCACAAAAUCAAGUAGUGUCAGCACUAAGACGAUAAAACCCGAUGCCCCAGUCACCACAACUACCGGCAAUUCCCUCGAUACCAACCUUUUCUUAUUGGCAAUAGGUGGUGUAAUCGCACUGUUUCUAGGUGUUAUCAUGGUUCAGCUUUGCAUAAAACUACGUACAAAACGAAGAAAGUAUUCACACCAAAUAUCCGCGAAACAGCAUUCAGCAACAGAAGAAGAAACGUAUCAAGAAAUUAACGAAUCUUUAAUAGCCGUACAGCAUUUAAACGAUAAUCAUAAUGAACAUCGACAAGUUGGAAAGUAUUAUGAACUACACACAUCGGGUCAGCCUACAUCUGUGCCAUAUGAUAGGAUAAAAAAUCAACUACAAUAUCUAGAGAUAAUCGAUGACUCUUUGGUAGCAUCGACCAACAGUCCCGAUUCAAAUAACAGCGCAACAUCAUAUCUUAAACCAAAGACCAACAAAAAACAAAGUAACUUAGAUAAUAUGGACUCUUCAGAAAUAAUAGCUAUUUCUGAACAAAACAAUCAGAAUGAUCUUCAACAAGUUAGCAAUUACACUGAAUUGCAGCCAAAAAACUCACUCACAACCGAGCUUUAUAAACAGAUACACACCAACGUACAACAUAAAGACAUCGACGAGACUAUUCAUGACUUGUCAACGAGUUCUGGCUCUAAUAAGAGCAACACAUCUUACUUAAAACCAAAACCAAAUGCGAGACACAGCUAUAUGGAGGUAACAAGUUCUGAUCUAACAGAAGGUGGAAAAUCUGUUGAAGAAAGACGUGUUUCCAUAACAGACGACAGUAGCAACCGUGUGUCGUCACAAUAUCUAGAUCCUAUUCAUGACUUGUCAACGAGUUCUGGCUCUAAUAAGAGCAACACAUCUUACUUAAAACCAAAACCAAAUGCGAGACACAGCUAUAUGGAGGUAGCAAGUUCUGAUCUAACAGAAGGUGGAAAAUCUGUUGAAGAAAGACGUGUUUCCAUAACAGACGACAGUAGCAACCGUGUGUCGUCACAAUAUCUAGAUCCUAUUUAUGAUCCACAUCUUGAAGAAAACGUAUCCAAGAGCCAAGAUUCCAUUGACACUAGCGAUGCGUAUCUGGAUGUUAUUAAUGAGACAUUUCUCUAAAAACGUGUAACUCUUUACAAGUCUUUUUAAUUAUGCUUUUACUUGCUGCUUCAA